UCAGAAUUGUUUGACAAGAGACGAGAAUUUGGUGUUAUUUUUAUUUAUUUGUAUUUACAGAAUGAAUGAUAAUGAGGACGAAAUUACAACUUUUUGUGAUUCAGCAGCCUCAUUGGUGGAAGGAUGCAGGUUACCAGUUCGAAUGCAAGGUGGUGAUGAUUGGCCUCUCGCAGAGAUUAUUAGCAUCAAAGAGGUCCGAGGCCAAAGAGGAUAUUAUGUGCAUUACGUAGAUUUUAAUAAACGUUUGGACGAAUGGGUUGAAGAAUCAUGGUUGGACACCAGAAAGGUACAGUUUCCCAGGAGGGAUGGCAGUGGAGCUACUGGUGGGACAACUACACCAAAGAAGACCCACAUAGGAUCUGGAGGUGGCGUCAUGCCUAAUUUUCUUAAUGAUAACGUCUGCAAUGAAAGUCUGAAAUGUGUUAAUAGUAGAGAGAAUGUGAUUCAUCAAACAACACCUAAAAUACCUGAGAAAAUUCAUAACAAUGCACUCAAUGGUUCCACACAAAGAUUAACACCUGGUACACCGGGGGAGCCCCGUCAGUUAAUCUCCCGCCCCGCAAGUCCCACGCUCGGCAAUGAUUCGUCGUCAUUGGUCAAUGGUGGCGCCGUACUGGCCGCGGCGUUACAGAAGAAAAUGAACAGGAAACGGAAAGCUAACUCCAUGGAUAUUGACAAUGAAACGCAAGAAUCGAUCGACAGUGGCGACACAGUUGUCAGUGGCACAGCAACACCAACAACUAGGCCGCGACAGUCUGGCAGUUUGGUCGCUCACGGCCACGACGACUUGGUUACUAGGAUGAAGAACAUCGAAAUGAUUGAAUUGGGCCGACAUAGGAUACGGCCUUGGUAUUUUGCACCUUAUCCACAGGAAAUGGUCAAUUUAGCAUGUAUAUACAUUUGCGAGUUUUGUCUCAAAUAUAGAAAAACAAAAAAGUGUUUGGAAAGACAUUUAAUCAAAUGCAAACUAAAACACCCGCCCGGUAACGAAAUUUAUCGGAAAGGCAGUAUAUCCUUCUUUGAAAUUGACGGUAGAAAGAACAAAUGCUACGCUCAGAACCUGUGUUUGCUCGCCAAACUGUUUUUGGACCACAAAACUUUGUAUUAUGAUACGGACCCCUUUUUGUUUUAUGUGAUGACUGAAUUUGAUUCUAGGGGAUUUCACAUAGUAGGCUAUUUUUCAAAAGAGAAGGAGAGUACAGAAGACUACAAUGUAGCGUGUAUAUUGACCUUGCCUCCAUACCAAAGGAAAGGAUAUGGAACCCUACUCAUAGAAUUUAGUUAUGAAUUGUCAAAGUUCGAAGGUAAAACUGGUUCACCAGAGAAACCAUUAUCAGAUCUUGGAUUGCUUUCAUACAGAAGUUACUGGGCUCAAACAAUACUGGAAAUCCUUAUUAAUAUCAAGCCCGUGGGAGAUAAUGAGAAACCUAUUAUUACCAUCAAUGAAAUUUGCGAAUUGACGAGUAUAAAGAAAGAGGACGUCAUAAGUACAUUACAGAAUUUAAACCUCAUUAAUUACUACAAAGGACAGUACAUAGUAUCGGUUAAUCAGGAAACAAUACAGCAGCAUGAAAAGGCUAUGGAAAAGAAAAUAUUAAGGAUCGAUCCAAAAUGCUUGCAUUGGACACCAAAAGAUUGGUCGAAACGAGCGAAAUGCGUUUGAAGUGUAUCGGAGAUGCGAGCUAUCUAACUCUGGCUUCGACACGUAGGACAAUUUAAGAGGAUGUGAUGACAAAGGAUAAAAGCAUGCUGCGCGGGUCCUUUUUAUUCAGUCUUGUAAAACAAAUUUAAUUUACAAGCGAUUUUAAAAUCUGAUGGAAAUAAAAAGUUGGUAACUUUGAUUGUAUUAAAAUGUUGUAGAUACAAAUUUGUAACUAUGUCCUUGUUUAAUGUGAUAUUAAAUAAAUAUUUUUAUUUGUAAUUGUAUCUUUGAUUAAUU